AUGAGAAGACCCAAAUCUCAACGGUCAUUGCUGGCAUCCCUGGAUAUAUUGAUCCUGAGUACAGGGAUUCUCACUAAGAAGAGUGAUGUUUAUAGCUUUGGUGUGGUUCUUUUUGAGCUUAUGAGUGGCCAUGCAGCUACAUUUAGCACAUUCGAGCAAUCUUUUCAUAUUGUUCAAUGGGCAACAUCGAAGAUUGCUAAGGGUGAUGUGGAGAGUACUAUUGACCCAAGGAUCAAAGGGCAAUACAAAAUGAAUUCUAUGUGGAAGGUUGCAGAAACAGCAUUAGCAUGCACUGCACGGAGUUCCAAAGAGCGACCAUACAUGUAUAAUAUUUUGAAUGACUUGAAUCAAGCAAUGAAAAUGGAGAUGGAGACUAGCGACCAAGCAUACGAUAUUUUGAUGACGGAAGUGACAACUACUUCAAUGUUUUCUGAUAGUGUUGAAGAAGAAGAAGAGGAGGAGAAGGAGGAAGAUGAUACACACAUGAAAGAUACCAAAAUACUUUUUAAUGUGACUCAAUCAUGA